AGGCAACGGAAUGGCUGGUCUUGGGAGCAGGCGGUUGAGAUGCCAGGGUUUGGAGGCUAAGGGCUGGGGGUUGUGAGCGAGGACCUUCCCGCGUCUGCUCCCCGCCCCCGCAGUUUCCUCCGCGCCCACUAGAAGGCGCCGGGGCGCUCGCAUUCCCCGCGCGAAGCCGAAGCAGCCGCAAUCAGCCCGGAGCCGAACCGCGCGGCGCUGCGGUGCGAAGAGCCGGGAGGCGGCCAGAGCCCUCCCCGCGCUGCCAGUGGGACACGGAGCCAGGGAUCCCCGGCUUUGCCCCCGGGGCUGGGGUGCAACGGAUUCUUAACUUGGUCCUCGCGCCCCGCCAACCGCCCCCGGGCAGGAAACGCCCAGAACCACCACCGAGCCGCGCUCCACAAAAGCCCCGAGAGUUCCAAGGCGGGAGGGGUCGGGCGCGCUCCAGAGGCAGGAGGGUCCCCCACACCCUCAGGCUCACGCCCAGCUCUCCCAUCGAUCAGCCCCUAGCCCCAUGAGGACCCUCAGACGGGGGCUGAAAGCCGGCACAGCCCUGACCGAAAUUUUGCCGCUGCCUUAGAGCGUUAGACAGGCUAGGUGUGGAGCCGCCCUCCGCAGCCCACCCCAGCCCAGGUGAUGCUCGGAUUGAGGAGUAGGGGGCGCGCCGGCCAGGGCGGGCUGCGGGCUUCGGGACUGCCACUGCCCUAAUAGAGCGGGGCUUUUCCAAAGCUCACGCACGGCCGCGUCGAAACCGCGGCAUCCAAAUGUCUUCAGCAUUAAGAUGCCAGGCCUCGGGUGUGAGAGGAAACCGAGAUGCGGGAGAGGGCGAGAAGAAAGGAGGCCGGGAGACCCUGGGGCCUGAGAAGUGAGGGGAGGGGCACCGGGAAAACCGCGGCUGGCAGUGCAAAUCUUAGCGCGAUGUGUGGAGUGGAGAGCGCUCUUGGGAGCCGGCAGGAGCCUCUGAGGACGCGGGGGCCAAGGGCCCCAUCCCUUGCCCUCCCUUCUUCCCUCCCUUUCUCACUCCCCACCCUACCCCCACCUAGGAUGUGGCUGGGCCGCCGGGCCCUGUGCGCGCUGGUCCUUCUGGUCGCCUGCGCCUCGCUGGGGCUCCUGUACGCGAGCACCCGGGACGCGCCCGGCCUCCGGGCACCUCUUGCGCCGUGGGCGCCCCCGCAGAGCCCCCGCAGGCCCGAGCUGCCAGAUCUUGCUCCUGAGCCCCGCUACGCACACAUCCCGGUCAGGAUCAAGGAGCAAGUAGUGAGGCUGCUGGCUUGGAACAACUGCAGUUGUGAGUCCAGUGGGGGGGGCCUCCCCCUCCCCUUCCAGAAACAAGUCCGAGCCAUUGACCUCACCAAGGCCUUUGACCCUGCAGAGCUGAGCGCUGCCUCUGCCACAAGAGAGCAGGAGUUCCAGGCCUUUCUGUCAAGGAGCCAGUCCCCAGCUGACCAACUGCUCAUAGCCCCUGCCAACUCCCCGCUCCAGUACCCCCUACAAGGUGUGGAAGUUCAGCCCCUCAGGAGCAUCUUGGUGCCAGGGCUGAGCCUUCAGGCAGCUUCUGGUCAGGAGGUAUACCAGGUAAACCUGACUGCCUCCCUAGGCACCUGGGACGUGGCAGGGGAAGUGACUGGAGUGACUCUCAUUGGAGAGGGGCAGGCAGAUCUCACCCUUGUCAGCCCAGGGCUGGACCAACUCAACAGGCAACUACAACUGGUCACUUACAGCAGCCGAAGCUACCAGACCAACACAGCAGACACAGUCCGGUUCUCCACCGAGGGACAUGAGGCUGCUUUCACCAUCCGCAUAAGACACCCACCCAACCCUCGGCUGUACCCACCUGGGUCUCUACCCCAGGGAGCCCAGUACAACAUCAGCGCUCUAGUCACGAUUGCCACCAAGACCUUCCUCCGUUAUGAUCGGCUACGGGCUCUCAUCACCAGUAUCCGCCGCUUCUACCCAACGGUUACCGUGGUCAUCGCCGACGACAGUGACAAGCCAGAGCGCGUUAGUGGCCCCUACGUGGAACACUAUCUCAUGCCCUUCGGCAAGGGCUGGUUCGCAGGCCGGAACUUGGCUGUGUCCCAAGUAACCACCAAGUACGUGCUGUGGGUAGACGACGACUUCGUCUUCACCGCGCGGACGCGGCUGGAGAGGCUUGUGGACGUGCUGGAGCGGACGCCCCUGGACCUGGUGGGGGGCGCGGUGCGCGAGAUCUCCGGCUUCGCCACCACUUACCGGCAGCUGCUGAGCGUGGAGCCCGGCGCCCCAGGCCUCGGGAACUGCCUCCGGCAAAGGCGCGGCUUCCACCACGAGCUCGUCGGCUUCCCAGGCUGCGUGGUCACCGACGGCGUGGUUAACUUCUUCCUGGCGCGGACUGACAAGGUGCGCGAGGUCGGCUUCGACCCCCGCCUCAGCCGCGUGGCUCAUCUGGAAUUCUUCUUGGAUGGGCUUGGUUCCCUUCGGGUUGGCUCCUGCUCCGACGUCGUGGUGGAUCAUGCAUCCAAAUUGAAGCUGCCUUGGACAUCAAGGGAUGCCGGGGCAGAGACUUACGCCCGGUACCGUUAUCCAGGAUCACUGGAUGAGAGCCAGAUGGCCAAACACCGGCUGCUCUUCUUCAAACACCGGCUGCAGUGCAUGACCUCCCAGUGAUGGCCCACAGGGGAUUUCUGACUCUCAGGCUGGGCCUGCCUCCUUGUCCCUGCCAGGAAUUUCCAACAAACCCCACCCACCCUGUGAGCACUCUACUGGCAGUCCCUGAGCCUCUAGUUCCUCACUCUUCCUUUUCAGAACCUUAUGCCCAACAGGGGUUGUCCUGGUGACACCCCUCCUUUUUCGAGUGCCCAGAGGCCUGGUGGAGCCAUAACCUCUCCCACAGCCAGUGCCAAGUCCUCCCCCUCCCCAUUCUCAUGGGGCAGGAAAUGGGGGGAUCACUUUCCAAGUGCCAAAGAGCCCAGGGGGACUCUAAGAACCUAAGGUGGAAACACUGUCCUCUCAUCUUCUUGGGACUGAGGGGGUGGGGAAGUUCCCCAACACAUAAUCCCAAGACUGUACCCCUCACCCGCAUCUUCAGAUCCAGUACUCUGUGUACCUGCUCCAGCCCCACCCCUACAAAGAUAACUUGCGGCACUGGGGCUGGGGUGAGGGCCGGUGAACACAUGGUGAAAGCCAUUCUUAGUUGUGUCUCUGCAAUGCUGUGGGCACAAAAGACGGAGCACCAGAGUCCCUGUGCAAACACCUAGACUCGCUUCAUGGA